CAAUGACAAUGUCGAAUUUGGUCAACUAAAAUAUGAAUGCUUUAUAUGCUACGUGAGAUUAAUUUGAUCGAAUAGAAGUUUCGUAAUGCUUUAAUUGUUAUGAGUGUACAGAUAUAAGUAGGACACGUGACAUCCCGGCAACUUUGAGAAACAACACUUUUUUAUUGGAGUUGCCUCGAGAUGACAUGCAUAUUCAUGUGAUGAGGCAGUAGCAUAGCAUAGAAAGGAUAGGCGGGAACUAGACAGCCCCUUUGUGGACAACAACUUCCAUUUUUAGGGCAGAGAGACAUGUAGUAUCUUGUCAGUAUAUCCAUUAUCUUUGGCUAAAUACAAACGACAUAAUCCCGUGUUGAAAUGGGUUGAGAUUACGUCAACUAAGAAACAAUAUAUUUUUUUAGCCACACCUAUCAGUCAUUGAGAUAUAUAUGAAUAAUUAUAUGUUCGUGGAUUUCAUUGUUUUUUUUUAGCUCGCAGCCCUGAUGGCUGGUCUCAGACAGUCCCGCAGUUGUAGAAGCUGGAGGUGGAGAUCCUGGGCUGGCAUGGUUACACGUGGUCUGCGGUUGUGAGGCCGGUUGGACGUACUGCCAAACUCUCUAAAACGACGAUGGAGGUGGCUUAUGCCAUGACUCUGAGCAUGUCUCCGGCUGCGGUGUGCCAGUGCUUUACGCUGGUGUCACUGUGCACAUCCAUCGCCGACCCAAACUGGAUCCAAGUCAUCAACAACACUGACCCCGGAGGCAAACAGCUCAUCUAUGGUGUGGCUUUCAUACUGCAUGCGCCCCAGAACCUCACUGACACAGGUCCCCUGGGUGGCAUAAAUGGCUGGGGGGUGUGGCUGCUCUAUGCCCUGGCGGCUCUGUGCUACAGUGCUGUCCUGCUCUCCAGCUCCUCCUUCCUAUUGGACUUCCUGGGGACUGGGAUGUCCCACCCUCGACUGGUGGUGUUACUCCACAUCUCCACAGUGGUUCUCCUCCUGUCUGUUCUGGGAGUUUGUGGGGCCUGCCUGUACAUCAUCCACUGCAACCUUCAGGAGGGCAAGUUUGGGCCACUGUGGGAAUGGGUAGGGGGCUGGACCUGGCCUGGGUCUGGCUCCAGGAGCCAGGGAGGGGCGGCGGGGAUGAAGCCUUACCCAGGGGAGAGCUUCUACAUCACCAUGCUGGGCCUGCUCUUCUCCUGCCUGGCCGGUGUGAGCAGCCUGGGGGACCCCACCUCCACCCAGAGGGACUACACAGCUGUGGUGGAGUGGGACGACAGUGACACAGAGCCCCUUACCCCCAGGGAGCAGGGAGUGGGACAGUCUGAUGAAGAGGAGGGGGUAGGAGACGUGUUGCCUGAACUGACUCAGGGGGAGGUGGGUGGAAGUGGAGACUGCUAAAGGGGUUUGAAUGUGUGGCCCAAAAGGCUUAGUUUCGGACUAGAAUGCAAACCACACCACACAUGGCCUGUAACAGACUUAAUUAGACAGCAGUGCUGGCGCCUUCCCUGGUCAUGUUUUGAAUUCCUAAAGCUUCACUGGACCAAGCUGGUGGAAUCCAGUCAGGAGCCAAAAAAGAGACCAGAUACGUUUCCUAAUGUUGUUUUAAUGUUUGUCUGCCUAAAACAUGCCUUCUCGGGGUAUGUACAGUUGCACAACAUCAAGUCAAUAACCCAUUUAUGGGUUUAAAAAAAAAAAUCCCUUGUGGGAGUUUAUGCCCAGCGUCUCACACUUGACUCCACCAAUAUAAAUCGUUCUUUGGCUAGCUGUGAUAUUUGGAAAAGUGUGACAAGAAUGUAACGCGGUUAAGCUAUUUCUGUCUGUGUGUGACCAGGGAAAGUGAGAGUCUGUAUGUUAUAAUCGAUGUGUGACACAAAUUAUAUGCCCUUCCUGCUCAUCAAUGGGAACAAGCUUUGACCCUGUUCACAUUACUGCAAAAUAACCACUGGGGAAUGUUCCGGAUCAGCGAAUGGUUUGUUACCAUCAGAACCAGAAAAUAUGUUCAAUGAACAGAAGUUCAGACUGCUCAACAUUGCGAUCCUAACAUAGCUCAUGUUUGUACAAUCACCUAGUCUCCUCUUCUAGUUAACAUAAAAAUCCCUAGAUUAAGGUUUUUCUGAUUCUUUUAACAGGUUGUUUUUUAACCUAUGCAUUAUUUUAACUUCUUAAACCCUUUGCACAGUCUUCCAUAGUGACACUUUAAGUUUCCCAAAUGGUGGAAACAAAUCACAGAUUUCUAUGGAAGAUUUACCUGAAGUGUACUGAAACUGGAGUUUCCUUUGAGAAAUUCAAUUUAAAAAGCCCAUUUUGGCUUCUAUUAUGGCCGCUAUAGCUUUAAUCACAAAUUGAGGAACUAUAUAUUAGCAUGGUUGUUUACUACAAUAGGAAAGAUUGAGUGGGGAUAGGAAGUCUUUCCUUUCCACAGUAGGUAGUGUAAAUACAUGGUUCUUGCUUUAAAUGACUUGCUAUCUAAUCAUAUUUGAAUAUGACGUAUUAAAUAUUUGAUGUACUUAAAUAUUUGUUUCAUAAAAUGACACUGCUAUUGGUCACUAGAUACUUCAGAUCACUGUGAAAAUAUAUCCCGGUUUGGCAUCUUUAGACGUCUACAUUACAGCACAAACCACUGUAUGUAUGCUUAUCCUACUUGAAGGUAACCAAUAAGACAAGCUACUUGAUGGUGCUUGGUUGCAUGUGAUGGUAGGACCAUGGAUAUUGACUUGAUAAAUUAAGAUGGCUGCCUAGAAUCAGGUUUUCCUUACCCGCUUAUACCCUCAAGGCCUGUUUCCUGGACAUAGAUUAAUCUUUGUCCUGGACUAGGAAACAUUUUCAAUGGAGAUUAUGUUUUUAGUUCAAGACUAGGCUUAAUAUGUGUCCGGGAAACCGUCAAUCUUUUCCUCAGGUACAUAGGAAGACAUUCCUUCUCUUAUUCCAGGGUCACAGUCCCAUCUCUAUGAAUCAGACUUCUCAUUGUUGUUGUUUAUGAUGCUAUUUAUUCAUUAAACUAUUUUUGCGUAUUUGUAAAA